AUGCCCACACCUUCUGCGACCCUUCGAGAGUCAUUAGAAAAACACAAUGCGACGUUUGAAUCCCUUCUUAAACUCAUUCCGGCGCAGUAUUACAUCGUAAACGAUGAAACGGAAGAACUGGCAGCCUCAAAAUACCAGAAACACAGCAAAAAGCAAAAGGCACCAAAACAAGCCAUAAAAGAGGCUUCUAAGAAAGCUAAACGAGAGAAGCUUGACCCAGCAAACCACAAGUCAAUAGUCGACUUGCAGAAUGAAAACUACCUCAAACAACGUGAGGCAGCCAAGGGCAAGCGGAAAGCCUCGAACGCCGAUUCUGACUCUGACGAGGAUGGUGAUGGGGAUAUGUCUAUGAACGUCGACGUAGAAAUGGACGAUCUUUCGGGCGACAACAAUGGUAGUGGCUCUGAAUCCGACGCUCCAGAUGGCGAGGGCGAAGAAGACGUUGAAAUCAAGUCAAUGCCACCAGCAGAGAGCAUUGAAGUUCUCCGCGAAAAACUGCAUGCUAAAAUGGCUUUACUUCGUCGCGGGGGAGGCGCUAAAGCUCGCGCGCCUCUAUGGGGGGAGCCAAGCGACAAGGAAACGUUGCUGGAUGAAAGAAGGAGGCAGCGCUCUGCCAUGCGUGAGAAGAGGAGGAAAGAAACGAAAGAGAAGAUACGAAGAGAAGAGGAGCUGAAAAAUAAGGGGAAAAAGAAGGACAAGGAUAAGACUGACACAAGGGAUAAAGGGAAUAUUACGAAGACUCAACUUCUCGUGCCAGAUAUUCCUCAAAAUCGAAAUCUUGAGGGACCUCAGGCAUCUAUGACAACUGUUGCUUACUCGUCUCUUACUGGCUCGUCAAAGAAAGGACAGCAGUUCAAGACAACGGCCGAUCCUCAACAAGCACUGCAGCAGCUAGCCGCCCGUAAAGAGAAGAUCGCAGCUAUGCCGGAAGAGAAGCGCAAGACCAUCGAAGAGAAGGAGAAAUGGGCGAAAGCUGAGGCGAGACUAGAAGGAGUCAAGGUGCAUGACGAUGAAGCCAGAUUGAAGAAGGCUGCGAAGAGGAAGGAGAAAGAAAAACUCAAAUCCAAGAAAACUUGGGAAGAGAAGAAAGAACAGGUCGCCAAUGCUAUGGCUGCCAAACAGAAAAAACGCAAUGACAACAUCGCGAUGCGCAACGAGCGGAAGAAAGAAAAGCAGAAAGGCGGCUCUUCCAAAAAAGCGAGACCCGGUUUCGAGGGUAAGUCGUUCGGGAAGGGAAAGGGCAAACCUGUAAAGAAAAGCAACGCAUACCCUCUUCUGGCUUUCCCCUCAACAACAACUGAAGCGAUGCAUGUUACUACUACCGACGAUUGGGUUCUUGAAUCCGUUCCCCCGUCUGAGCACGUCAAUAUCCCUAUACCGUCGAACCAGGCUGAGGGAGACCCUAGUCCAGAACUUGAGCUUGUUGGCGACAUGCCUUCAUCUCCUCAAUAUUCCUCGACAUUAGGUUAUGACUCUGAAUCGGAUGCCCAUGUGGUGCUUGAUUCAUUGGUCCCCAUCUUGAACAAAAUUCAGAGUUCCUUGAACAUUGAAGAAAACGAAUACCACAUAGUUAAUGAAGUAGAGAAGUCGGAAUGGAGGAGCCUCCAAGAGCACGCUCGCGGCGUCGUUGAGAUGACGAUUUCGGACACCGCUCAUCCAAAGGUUUCAGCCUCCCUCUUCUUCCGCCUAGGACAACUGCAAGGCGCAAAAACACCUCUCUUCCCGGCGUUGCAGAAGUUGCAUAUCGUCAAUACUACCACGUCGCCCAUUCCACACCUCGAUCUCUUUUUCACUCCGUCCUUGAGAGCACUUAGUGUUAAGGGUAUUGCCAACUCCUCCAAGAUGACCGUAGCGUCCUUCCUCAAGAAACUGGGAACGCACGCUCAGAUGCACAGUUUAAUACUGGAUUCGAUCAGCAUGUCGCCCGAGAUCUUUGUCGCCAUUAGCCGGUGCCUCCAUCUGACAUCGCUCGAGCUGACUAAUCUGACGGGGACGUUGGAUUAUACUUCUCUAGGCAUCGUAGGAUUGCUCCCACACCUGGAGACCUUCAGGAUCGACACCAAGGGUGUCACCCAAAUACAUCCUCUGGUAACGGCGUUUCCUGCAACGCCUAAAUAUCUGCAUAUCCAGAGUUUCUCAUUCGUAGGGAAUUUUUCUACUCUCGAAGGCAUAAUUAGCGAUCUCCUUGACGCGCCAGCGUUACGCAAGAUUCACUUAGAAGUGGUUAAAUAUGACCCUGUUGCAACGAAAGGAGGAAAAGGGUCAACGGCUGGAGUCCCCGUACCGUCUCCGGUGAAGGACUUGAUUGAUCGUAUUGCAGGCAGCCCAACCCGACAAGAAUACAUGACAGAUUUCACAUUUAAGGUCAACCAAAAUUCCAAUCUUACCUCGUUUCCCAGCGAAACUAUCGAUUCGCUCGCUCGCCUGCAUCAACUCGCCAACCUGGAAAUUUUGGGCACCAGCAUCGCCGAUCUCGACAAAGCUCUUUCUUCGAUGGGCGACCAGCUAUCGAUUUCAGUCUGGCCAAAGCUUCAAACCCUGCGAUUCCAUGUCCCGGAGACGACGAUCAACGGCAAGACCGCGCAUGGUAUCAGUCUGGGGUCGCUCCAGCGCAUUGCGCGGGCGUGUCCUGAUUUGCGUGUUUUUCAGGGUGUCAUUAUCCUCCCAACUGCGCCGCUGCCGUCAUGGUCAGUAACUGCAGAUACAUUGGAAUCUGGCUCCCCUGUGAUGAGGCACGGGCUGAAAACUCUUAUGCUGGGUAGUGCUGGAUCUUCGCAGAUGCAGUUGAACUCGAUGACCACCAGCACUUUAAAUGUGGCCCAUUAUGUCGCAAGAUAUUUAUAUGCUAUGUUUCCCUAUAUUGAUCUUGAGGAGGACAAGAGGCAGAUCGGAAAGCUGCACGCGAGUUUCUGGGUGCAGGUGUUUGACUGUAUGAAAUUGUGCAGAGACGCCCGUGAGAUUGAUCAGCGGCGCGAAAAGUUGGCCAUGCCCUGA